GUAUGCAGAUAAAAGCUUCAAUGGAUAUUCAUUAUCAACUUUUAACUGUGGGAAUCUCUUUAAGUUUCACCGGUUUUAGCUGUGAUAUAUAAAAUGAAUAGAAAUUAGAAACUUUACUUUUAUAUUUGUGAUGACAGAGAAAGGUUAAAAUGAGAAGGUUGAUUCCUUUACUUUUGGUCAAAAAUGUUUUUCAUGGCAAAACAUUGUCCGACCAUUCACUGUACAGUAUAUUUUCAAAACUUAUUAUUUCUUACCCAUCACAUUAUCCCAGUCACCAGACAUAUUUCACAUCAUCUACAUUAAACAAAGCAAAAGGAGGUGAAAAAAAAGCUAAAAAUGUUAUUCAGUUCAAACCUAAAUCAAAACAGACUGUUGUGGAAUUAUGGAAAGGAGUUACACCCCUCGACAUUGCUGAUGUUACUCAAAGAGAUAUAGACGAUGUAUUUGAAGCUAUUUCUUACCUUGAAACUUAUGAGCUCUAUCAGGAGGUUGAUUCAGAGAUAACAGAUUUUGCCACUAUAACUGCUAUAGCAAAACGAUUAGGCUUUAGAGUCCAGCUUGUAAAACCACCUGGAUCAGUUGCUGAAGAGAAGAAAAAUAAAGAUGUAACCAAAAGGCCACCUCCUCAUCCUGAAGAUUUAGUGAAGCGACCUCCUGUGGUAGCUAUAAUGGGUCACGUAGAUCACGGUAAAACUACUCUACUAGAUUCACUCCGCCAUUCCUCCAUUGUUUCUAAAGAGUUUGGUGGAAUCACUCAACAUAUUGGUGCAUUCACAGUUGAUCUACCUGGGGGCAGGAUAACCUUUUUAGAUACGCCAGGGCAUGCUGCUUUUAAGACAAUGAGAGCCAGAGGUGCUCGAGUCACAGACUUUGUUAUACUUGUUGUUGCUGCAGAUGAUGGCAUAAUGGAACAAACUAUAGAAUCUAUUAGAUAUGCCCGUGAAGCAAAUGUGCCAAUUAUUGUUGCAGUUAAUAAAAUUGACAAAGCCAACCACGAUGUGAAAAGAGUGAUGCAAGAUCUUCUUGGCUGCGGCAUACAAGUGGAAGAGCUUGGAGGAGAAGUGCAAGCAAUUCCAAUAUCUGCGUUAAAGAAAAUCAACUUAGAUCACCUGACAGAUGCUAUCCUGAUACAAGCAGAAGUGAUGGGUGUGGCUGGUGACCCAAAAGGAAUGGUAGAGGGCGUUGUCUUAGAGGCUAGCCUAGACACUUCAAAAGGAAAAGUAUCUACAGCAUUAAUUCAGCGUGGUACUCUAAAAAAGGGUAGUGUCAUUGUUGCUGGUACUUCUUGGGCGAAGGUGCGUAACCUAUAUGAUGAAAAUGGAAAUGUUCUAAAAGUUGCGACUCCUGGUACGCCUGUGCAAGUGGUUGGUUGGAAGAGUUUCCCUCCUACUGGUGAAAUCAUAUUAGAAGUAGAGUCUGAGAGGCGUGCACGAGAAGUAAUUCGAUACCGCGAGAGUGUGAAAAUGGAAGAGAAAAUGAUUGCAGAUCAGGAGAUCAUUCAGAAGAAAGCAGAUGCGCACACUGAGAAAUACAGGGAAGAAAGAAUGGCACGCUUGAGUAGGGGACGUUACAGGAAGGAACGUAACUACUUUAGAGAGAAAGAGUUCACUCUUGAUUCUACUCCUUAUGUGGCUUUUGUCUUGAAAGGUGAUGUGCAUGGUUCAGUGGAGGCCAUUUUGGAUGUUGUUGAUACAUAUCAAUCUCAUGAAACAUGCCGAAUGGAUGUUCUCCACAGUGCUGUAGGCAGUGUCACUGAAAAUGAUAUUGAAAUGGCUGAAGCUUUCAAUGGUUUUAUAUAUACUUUCAAUGUCAGUGUGCCAUCAGAAAUUAAGAAGAUGGCUGAUGAAAAGGGUAUCAAGAUAAAAAGUUUUAAUGUCAUUUAUCAUCUCAUUGCUGACAUGAAAAUAGAAAUCAAUAGCAAGCUACCUUUAGUGGAAGAAGAGGAAUUUAUUGGAGAAGCAACUGUUUUGCAGGAGUUUGUUAUCAAAGAUGGGAAGAAGAAGUUGCCAGUGGCUGGAUGCAGGUGCAUUAAGGGGAUGUUGAAAAAGAGCGCCCUCUACAAAGUGACAAGGAAUGAUCAAACCCUGUACAGUGGUCCAAUAUCAUCCCUGAAGCAUGAGAAGACACCAGUGGAGUCCAUCAAAAAGGACACAGAGUGCGGUCUCAUGGUUGAAGACCCUGAAGUGUCCUUUUUACCCGGAGAUGUUAUUACCUGCUUCUCCCUAAGAACUGUAGCGCAAGUGACAGACUGGAAUCCAGGAUUUUGACAUCUGUCUAGAAUAUUGUGUGUGAUCUAUAUAUAAUAUAUUUUUUAGCUUGUUAAUAAAGAUUUUAACGAAAAUGCA